AUUGUUUUGACCUUGAAAACCAUUUUUUAGGUUAAACAGUUUGGUUCCGUUACCGGGAACUCAAGUAAAUUUGCUAUUCAUCCAAAGAUAGUAAUAAUUUUUGUUAAUAUUCGCUUGUUUUCAGUUUAUACCUUCAUCAUGGCCGAAAUUUACCAAUCAACACAGUUGAGGACAACCAAGUUGGAGAUGGCUUUGCCAUGCAAAAUAAAAAGGGAAGAAUAGCCAUGAUAAUGAGAAACAGAGAAAAAUGGAGAAUGUACAUCGAUAUAUUGGUACCGCAACUAUCAGUACAAAAACUGAUUAUAACGGAUCUGUACGAAACAGUUCCGGAAUAGGACGUUCAGAUACACCAGGUUCGAAAACCAAACUGAGGUGAUUUCGGAUCCGAUUGGAGGAGUUAGAAGAAUAACGCCGGACCUUCCCGGAACUAAGGAGUAAAAUUUACAUUCGAUAUAAUACAAAACUUCGAAUAGAGGAAGAUAUGUUCAUUCAAUUGAAAGUCAAAAAUAGGUCCGGAGAUCAAGCAGAUGUGAUUCUUGGGUGAUCCGAAUCUAAACGCAAAAAUCUAAAAAAAACAGGUCCGAGCAAAGAGAUACGAGAUUUUCUUCACGGGCUGGAAAAGAUCCGGAUCUGCCCGAACAGGUAAGGAAUUACCUUACUAAAUUGUAAAAUUUCACAGGAGAAGAAUGAAGAUUAGGAAGAACAUGGGUAAAACACCCACGAGAUUGCUUACAAAGAUACCACACCUAACAAAUGAAAAAGAAAAGAUAGCUGCGGGAUGGAAUAGACACGAGAAAGGAAGGUUCAUUAAUAACUUUGGACAAUUAUACAAAUAUUUUCGGAAGCAAUCAUUGGACCGAAGGCAUCAGAAGCCACGAGAUCAAAUGCUGAAGAACUAGAAAUUAUCAUUGACUUCCCAAAUAAGAAGGUUUACGUUGGUCGAGACUCGACACCAAAUUUAAAGGUAAGGUGAUUAAACUUUUACAUGCUAAAAAAAAUUGCUUUGCUUGCCUCCAUGCUAACAUAGCAGGUGUACCACCGGAGGAAAAGGUUUAUAUGCUCAAUAUUGACCCGUGGUAUAAUCCGGUCAAGCAAAAGAAGAAACUAGAGUCAAAUAAUAAAAGAUAAAGUUACAAAACUUUGAAAGAUCGGUUUAGUCCGAAAAGUUGAAUCAUUCGAACUUGCUAUCUAACAACAACGCAUCAUUACUUUCAAAAUUUCGAGGAGAAAGAUGAUUGCCGGUACACAAAAUUAUCUCGAAUGUCUCGGCAAAUGCAAUUUUAAUUCAAGAAGAUAAAGGUACACAUUCUCCUAUCUAUUAUAAAAUGCUCUUAGAUACGGAAACUACAUAUCUACAUUUUGAUAAGUUGGCAUUAAUUGUAGUUUCCUUAAAUCUAAGGCCUUAUUUUCAAUGUCAUUAAAUUCCCAUAGUCACUAUAUUUUUAUUACGUAAUAUUUUGCAUAAAUAUGAACUGUCAAGAAGGCUAGCUAAAUGAGUAGUCGAACUAAGUGAAUAUGAUAUUAUUUAUCAGCCACGUACGACUAUAAAAUCACAAAUUUAGUAGAUUUCAUGAUUAAUCUUAGCUCGAACAUAUUACCCGAACAUGUUAUUUCUGGGAUAAUUCUCGGGAUCUGGACCUUCCACACAAUUAGGUCCACAAGUACUAAACUUCCCGAGUUAGGGGCAAUGCUUAAUGCCUAUCAGGGAAAGUAGUUAGAUAAUUCAUAAAUGUUAGGGGCAAUGCUUAAUGCCUAUCAAGGAAAGUAGUUAGAUAAUUCAUAAAAGUUAUUUUAUUACUAACAACAAAGCAGGGUAUGAAGCAUAUGCUACAAGGCUUAAAUUAGCUUGGGGACUCAGAGCAAAAAUAUUGAUUUAACGAUUUAUCAAAUCCAAGAAAACUAUGCAGCCCAAGAAAAUCGAGCCGGAUGUGUUAGUCUCAGAUCUACUGCUGAUAUCACUGACUUAGAAAGCAACUCUGGGCACUUAUUCAGAAAUAUCGUUUCCGGAUCAAGCAGUCUCGGGAUCGAGCCAUCUCUUAUUUAGGCGAUUCCUGAUCUAUCAUCAAUUAGAAUGAAAAUGAGGGAAGCUGCUAAGUUGACUAACAUCGGUAAGUUAUUGGAGCGCCGAGGAAAAGAGUUAUUAGGAUCAAGUUAUAAGGAUCCCAUUUCAAGCUUUUCUGAUUUUCAAGAAUUUUCAGUCUCAAACUUGGAGUUCUACUGGAAGAUCAUACUGGAGGAAAUGAAUAUUUCUUUCUCUGUUAGUCCUGAAUGUAUUUUGCGUGAAACUCCGUUGCACCCUGGUGGUCAGUGGCUUCCUGGAGCAUGUUUCAAUCCUGCAGAGAAUUGCUUGAGUUUGAUUGGAAAUAGGAGCAUAAGUGACGUAGUUGUGAUAACUCGCGAUGAAGGAGAUGAUGAGGCACCUGUUACCAAAUUGACUCUUGAGGAACUAAGAUCAGCAGUAUGGAGAGUCGCAUAUGCCAUUGAUACACUGGGAUUGAAAAAAGGAUCUGCAAUUGCCAUAGAUAUGCCAAUGGAUGUCAAUUCCGUGGUGAUCUACUUGGCAGUCGUUAUUGCUGGUUAUAUGGUUGUCUCAAUUGCUGACAGUUUUGCGCCAAAUGAAAUUUCGACGAGACUCGUGAUAUCAAAAGCAAAGGCUAUUUUCACUCAGGAUUUCAUUAGCCGUGGCGGAAAAAAACUACCACUGUACAGCAAAGUCAUUGAUGCUCAAUCACCAAUAGCAAUUGUAAUUCCGAAUAGAAGCUCCACCUCGAGCAUAAAAUUGCGUGAUGGUGACAUUUCAUGGCAUGAAUUCCUAGAAAGAGUAGACGAAUCUAAGAAGUUUGAGUAUAUUGGGGUGGAACUACCUGCUGAAGCAUUCACAAAUAUCCUUUUCUCUUCUGGCACGACAGGGGAACCAAAGGCGAUUCCGUGGACUACCACUACACCCCUUAAGGCAGCUGCUGAUGGAUGGUCCCACUUGAACAUUGGCAAAGGUGAUGUGGUGGCCUGGCCGACUAAUCUUGGAUGGAUGAUGGGCCCUUUCCUAAUUUACUGCACUCUUCUGAAUGGAGCAACCAUGGCCUUACACAAUGGGUCCCCCCUUGGCUCUGGCUUUGCUAAGUUUGUGCAGGAUGCUAAAGUAACUAUGCUUGGGGUGGUCCCAAGUAUUGUGAGGACAUGGAAAUCUACAAAUUGCACUGCUGGUUAUGAUUGGUCAGCCAUCUGCCGCUUUGCCUCCACUGGUGAAGCAUCUGGUGUGGAUGAAUCCCUUUGGCUGAUGGGAAGAGCUCAUUACAAGCCUGUAAUAGAGAUCUGUGGUGGGACAGAAAUUGGUGGUGGAUUUAUUGCUGGUUCGUUGUUGCAACCACAAUCUUUAUCUGCUUUUAGCACAGCAGCUAUGGGUUGUAGUCUAUUUAUUAUUGGCGAAGAUGGGUCCCCUAGACCAUCAGAUGUUCCUGGGAUUGGUGAACUGGCCCUUGGUCCCCUUCUACUUGGGGCGUCGAGCACACUGCUGAAUGCUGACCACUAUGGUGUCUACUUCAAAGGAAUGCCAGUUUGGAAUGGAAAGGUUCUGAGAAGACAUGGAGAUGUAUUUGAGCGUACUUCUAGAGGUUAUUAUCGUGCACAUGGCCGUGCAGAUGACACCAUGAAUCUGGGGGGUGUGAAGGUAAGUUCUGUCGAGAUUGAGAAAGUUUGUAAUGCAGUUGCUGAAACUAUCCUUGAGACGGCAGCUAUUGGGGUACCACCUCCUGGAGGUGGCCCUGAUAAGUUAGUUAUCGCCGUUGUAUUUAAGGAUUCUGAAGGGUCAAAGCACAACUUGAAUUCAUUGAAGUUCUCUUUCAACUCAGCUUUGCAAAAGAAAUUGAAUCCUCUAUUCAAGGUUUCACAUAUAGUAGCCCUCCCUUCCCUUCCAAGAACAGCAACAAAUAAAGUCAUGAGAAGAGUUUUGAGACACCAAUUCUCUCAAAUUGGCUCUAAACUGUGAUCUAUGCAACUAUGUAGGCCCUUGAUUUGACUUGUAAUUAUAUUAGUUUGAUUAGAACUACUAUUAUGAGAAUAAUGAAGUAUUUAAACAAUUAGUCAAUAAUGGUGGGUUAUUCUAUCUGAUUUAAUAUUUGUUUGUUGCUA